AUGCUCUACCCCCAAGAUGCCAUACGGAUCCGAGAAAUGAAGAAGGACAAAGAAGGCAGUUUGGCUGGGGACUUUGCAAAAAACUUGCCUGGGAUGUUCUCGGAUCCUCUCCCAAACGUCUUUCUAUUGAGGACCUUGGAAUUUGUAUUGACAAUGUUCGAAGAAAUGAUGCUGAGAAAAUUUUGGAAUAAUGGCCUACCGAUUUCUAAGCAGAAUGACAAUACAAACAACUCAAAGUCUGAUCAUGUAGUAUUCGAUCAUACAGCCGACUCUUUACAAUGCAGCCCUCGAUCACAGUUUAAUACAUUUGCAUCACAAAAUGUACCAUUAAAUCCUCUAAUGGGUCAAACUGUGACAAUGAUGAGCUUUCCAAAAAAGACAGCUAUUCAUACCAUAACUUUCGUAAAGACUUAUCUGGACAAAGUGGAGUUAAAAAAUCAAGAGGGAUUUCACCAAACAACACUAUUUAAAAGUGUUUAA